AGUUUUAGAAUUGCGUCAUCAUGUUUUGCGUAGUAGACAGUUUUGAUUCUCGCAGACGAAAAAGUUCAAUGGAAGCCAUGUCCGUGGACCACCCAAUAGAAAUACAAUAAAGAAGAAAACACACUGUCAUCUUUAUGGGAAAUCGAAAGAGUCUACCAGAUAGUACACUAACAAGUAACUAAAAACAACCAUGGAGAGAAGCGGUACCUACCAACUUAAAGCGCCCACCCUCGCUCCCUGCUCCAACAAGAAUGACCUCACCCAGCUGAAAGACGAUGCCUGUGGCCCUGUCACUUGCACCCGCCAGCCGGACACUUCCGGUUUGACCAGUUGCCAGUACUAUAAAACAACUCCAGAUGUGUGGGCGAACAAUGCGGUCAGUGUUGGAGAACUCAAGCCAGAGAGCUUCAAGUAUGAUUUGUUCCGAUACCAGCUUUAUGCGCAGCCUGCUGGAUACAACUGUCACGGGGAACAGGUGAAAACAGUACCCAACAAACAGUACGACGCCCCAACCACAGAUGUAAGGGCCCUGAGACAAACUAUGUACAUCCCCGUCGUACCUACUAAGCCAGGUGGGGAGAGAGAUGUCACGUUCCCGAUGACCCCUCAGACCAUGGGUCAACCAGACGUGACCACGGCGUGCUGCGUUCCCGUGAUCCCUUGCAACCCGGGAUUCCAGAACUUGACUGCUAAUAUUUACCCUGACCCCAGGGUCGUCUGUGACACCUACAACAGGUGUAAUCUUGCCGGGCAGAAUUCUCAUGGGCGAGUAGACAUCUGUUCGGACAAGCAGCAAAUUGCCAACCAGCAACAGCACUUUGAGCCUCCGCCCCUGCAGCAGUUUAUGAUGCCUCCGUCUAACCUUCAGUCGAGUGGCUGCUGUGGCUUCCCACCCACGUUUCCACCUGUGAACCAGCUUUACGGUCCUGCCCAUCAGCAAGCAGGAAUGCCCAUGAUGGGCUACAGUCAAGGGGAAGGCCAUCCACAGCAGCUGCAUCAACAGCCGUACGCCACGAAUCAGCAGGCGGCCUUACAGCAGCAGCAACAGGCUGUUGACUACAUGCGUGGGUCCUCGUGUACCAACCCUGCCUGUGUGGAUGCCAUUGACGAUGGAAUGAAUCUAACCGGCAACAAACGAGCGGUGUGCUCCAGUAACAAGACGUUUAGGUUUACAGAUAGAGCCACCAGAGCGAUACUGGCCAACAUGGAGCCCCCUGAGAAACGAGAUGUAAGACUCCGAACAAUGUACGGCUCCUAUGGCUCCUACCUCUUGGCUCGUGUGACUCCGCGCAGGUGCCUACGGGGACCCAAGUCAAACAUCAAUACCCAAGGCAAUGGUUUUAGAUGGUGCUACCCUCAAACAGAAAACAACUUGUGCUACGUCAUCGAACGAAAUCCAAGGUGCUAGCGACCGGGGCUGUGUUGAACCGAGACCCAUCGUUAUAGAAGACCUGAACACUGACCUGCAACGUCACAGCCUGUGGGCAGUUUUGACCAAUAGCCCGUUGCCGCACCGUACAAACCUGCGACAUAGCUAUUGGUCUAAACUGCCCACAAACUGUGACGUUGCAGGUCAGUGUUGAUGCCUCUCUAUUACGAAUGUUCACGGCUGAACUUGUAUGUGACAUUGGAGCCGAGAAGAUAGAUCAGGAUCUAUAAAGAAUAAUGUUACCUUUGCUGGGCUAACCUUUUGGGACGCUGACCACUUCGCCGUGACACUUCCCAUGGAGGAUAACUUUGAUUUUAUUGCUGCCAAGACAUUUCUUCCACAACUACUAAAUCAAAUGAGAUAUUGUGACUUUAAAUAGAAAUAAGCGAUGGCAAUUAUGAGCUUUUUAUGUUCAGAAAAUAAUUUGUAUGGGCCUUAUAAAAUUAGAAACGUGUGAAUCAGCUAUUUACCUCAUCAUGGCCCAGUUCUUUACCCUGUUUCCUAUAAGUUAUCAUUAUACCUUUAAGACAUCAGACACAAUGUAUAUAGGCCUAAAUCCCAACAUAACGUCUGUGUACCCUCACGUCUGCAAACUAUAGAGGACUGGUUGGUUGUAAUAAAGAUGAUCAAUUGUC